CCUACUCUUGCUGCUUUCAGGAGCUGCCAGACUCCCUGGCUCAAGCCUGUGCUCACUCUGUGGCUAGAGGAGAAGCCAGCUCCUCUUAUCUCACUCAAUCAGCACACCCAAGCAGUCGCCUCUGAGACCAAGAGGCUCUCCAGGAAAAACUGCAGCAGGCUCAACCUUCCUUUCUUCCACCUUGCCAUGGCCAACGACACUCUGAAGCCACUCUGUCCACUCUUAGAGGAGAUGAUCCAGCUCCCAAGCCACAGCAACUCUAGCAUCCGCUAUAUUGACCAUGUGUCGGUGCUGCUGCACGGGCUGGCUGCGCUGCUGGGUCUGGUGGAGAACGGACUCAUCCUGUUUGUAGUGGGCUGUCGCAUGCGCCAGACGGUAGUCACUACCUGGGUGCUGCACCUGGCUCUGUCUGACUUGCUAGCUGCGGCCUCCCUGCCCUUCUUCACCUACUUCCUGGCGGUGGGCCACUCCUGGGAGCUGGGUACCACCUUCUGCAAGUUUCACUCCUCGGUCUUCUUUCUUAACAUGUUUGCCAGCGGCUUCCUGCUCAGCGCCAUCAGCCUGGACCGCUGUCUGCAGGUGGUGCGGCCAGUGUGGGCACAAAACCACCGUACGGUGGCGGUCGCGCACAGAGUCUGCCUGAUGCUCUGGGCUCUGGCGGUGCUCAACACAGUACCCUACUUCGUGUUCAGGGACACCAUCCCGAGGCUGGAUGGCCGCAUCAUGUGCUAUUACAAUAUGCUGCUCUUGAACCCAGGGCCCGACCGCGACGCCACGUGCGACUACCGCCAGAAGGCCCUGGCGGUGAGCAAGUUCUUGCUGGCCUUCGUGGUGCCUCUGGCCAUUAUCGCCAUGAGCCACGUGGCUGUGAGCCUGCAACUGCGCCACCGCGGCCGCCAGAGGACAGGUCGCUUCGUGCGCCUGGUGGCAGCCAUCGUGGCGGCCUUCGUGCUCUGCUGGGGGCCCUACCAUGUCUUCAGUUUGCUGGAGGCGCGUGCCCAUGCUGUCACCACGCUACGGCAGCUCGCGUCACGUGGGCUGCCCUUCGUCACCAGUCUGGCUUUCUUCAAUAGCGUGGUCAAUCCGCUGCUUUAUGUGCUCACCUGUCCGGACAUGAUGCACAAACUGCGGCGCUCGCUGCGUGCCGUGUUUGAAAGCGUGCUGGUGGAGGACAGCGACUUGAGUGGUGGGUUUGGCAGCCGCCGCCGCCGUGCCUCCUCCACUGCCACAACCUCCACCCUCCUGCUGGCUGGCCGCCUUCCCCGGCUGCAUCCUGCACGUUUGAUCAGCUGGAUGCAGGGUAGUGGUGCAGAGACCCAGCAGAGGGUCCCAGUGCAAGCCCAAAAGCGAGGCUCACUGAACCACGCGCUGAGCUCCACCUCCGAUUAGACCAGCACAGCCCAGAUGGCAUGCCAACGCACCCCUGGCAUCUCACCAUACUCCAUUGAAAAUGUACAUAGCCAAUGCUAGGCCCAGGUCAUAGCUCUCCUGGGCAGAGUCCAGGUAACCAGCUUGAGGAGGAUGACUGAAUUUUCAGGAGCAAAGUGAAUUGAAAGCAGUCUUUCCUAAACACUUUAACCUGGUUCCUGACUGCUGGCCUCAAGGACCCCCCCAAACCCCCAAGGUU